AUGAAAUCAACGUCUCGUUUGCAUCAGCGAAACCGUGCUUCAAAAGUUAAGGAAAUUCAGGCAAUGGAUGAACACCUGCUUCUGUUGUACGACAAUAAAGAACUUGUAUUAUGGAACAAUGAGGAAUUUAUUUGCCUAGAUAAGAACUCUCUACUGUACACAGUCAAUCAAGAUCAGAAUCGAUUGGUUACCUUGUCAACUGCUGCUGCUGCUAACGAUUCUGUUUUAUUGUUGUACGAUAUAAAACAGAAAUUGAAAGGCAGUAUACGUCUACAAACAGAACAAAAAUGUGAUCUAUUGUGUCUAAAUGACCACGGAGAUUAUCUGUUUGUAAUUGAUAGAGAGAAAUGUGUACUGUCUGUCUACAGUGUAGAAAAUGGAAAGUUAGUAGAACAGUUGUACAUUGAAAAUUUGAUGAAAACAAUCGAUACGAAAGCAACAGAUGAUAAGUUAGUUUUGUCUGUUAAUAAUGAAUUGAUGGUAUUGGAAUUAAAAAAAGCACGACUGUUAGAAAAUAAUAAUGAUGAAACGAUAGGAAAAAACCUAUGUGAGAUGAUAAAACCAGAUGAUUGGCUUUGUGCUGAUCCAGAUGAUCAACAAUGGACUAUUAGUGAAGUUUGA